AUGGUCAAAGCCGGCAAGUCUAGCAGAUCCGGAAAUGUGACUGGCAUUUCCCAGAAGCAUCUACAUUCGCGCAUUUCCUAUCUCUAUCAAGCCGCGGUCUAUCUCGGGGCUGCUGAGCUCAGUGCGAAGGAUGCGCAUCCAGAAAGAGCCGAGGUUGACAAGACCAAUCUACUUGGGCCUAAGCAGCCAGAAGAACAUUUGCACCUAGGUAAAAGAUCGGAGCCCAACAUCGCUCCCAUUAAGGCAGACCAGAGCAAGACAGGACUGCCCGACGUUCGGCUGAGAUCGCAAGCGCCCAAAAAGGUCCAUGGGUCUUCAGCACAGACGCAUCAACUACUCACCUCAAUGCGUUCCAUCUCGCAAAAGUCACAGAUCCAUCUUUCCCAAUCCAUAAAGCGAUCUAUUUGUCGCAGAUGUAACGGGCUACUUACACUGAACAGCACAAGCGAGAUUGAAAACAUGAGUCGAGAAGGAAAGAAACCUUGUGCGGAUGUGCUGGUCGUGACGUGUUGCCAAUGUGGGAAUGUCAAGAGGUAUCCUGUUGGCAUGGGGGAAGCACAGAACCGUCAUAAGAAGAAGAGGAGGCUUGCCUCUGGAGCUGCGACGCCAAGUGAGAACGCUAACUACUCGAAGCCUGUGGAAAAGACGUGA